GAGUAGCAAUUAGCUGGGGUAUGUACCUAUCGCAUUCGUUUAUCAGGUCGAGGUUCGAACAAGACAUUAUGGUUAGAGAGUCGAGAGAUUGUGGGAGUUAGCUGGGUAAGAUUUCGGUGAGAGGUUGUCAUGGCCGACUUAUCGAUAAAGACUAAGCGGGGAAUAGCGGGGUAGGGGGGGGAACAUCCCUCUGGCUUGACCUCGCAUUUACUGAUUUAUCCCACGUGUAUAGCAAUGGCAGAUAUGCGAGUUGCCUUACUAGUGCCUCCACUUUAUGUUAAGAGGGUGAAAUCGGCUCUAGAGGAGCGCAAAUAUUUUGAUCGAAAAGCAGGUAUCACAAGCUACAAGGAUGUAGCAACGGCUAAGGAAGCACAAAGGACAGCAGAAAGAGCUCGAAUGAUAAUUUCUACAAACAUCCUGCAGUCACAACUGGGUCCUAGGGAUAUAGACCAAGAACCAAAUACAGAGCAGGAGGUGCCUGACCUUCUCAUGGAACUUGGGCUUCAGGAACUGCUAGGCGAGAUUCACGGCUUGUCGCUUCCUUCUCUCAAUACGAAUACGUCCACCUAUGUCCCGCCUAGCCCCUUCCUCAAAGCUCUAAGGGAAGGCCUAAAAUAUCUGCCCAAGUCACUGCUCGAUUCUCUAGAACUUACAACGCCAAUGCUUCUUUCAUCAUUUCCAGGGGCAUACUCAGUCUACAACCCCAUGCUUCUUCUUCCUUCGCAUGCUUUGAGCUCUCCGCCAUGGACCAAGCUUCUCUCUUCCAUUGGGUGGGAUUCACCAUCCCUCAGCUCCAUUUGGAAAGCCAUCGCUGGAGCAGUCGGGGCAACUCAUGUUGCCUUAAAUGCAGGAAUUCCUCCUCGGUCCAAAACCACUGAAGGAACAACAUCGGAUGGCGACACAAAGGAAAACAUUCUCCGCAGUCCUAUCAAUCUCACUCCAUUAUAUGGUUAUUUUGGCCCUCAACCAUCACCAACUCGUCUCAGCCACCCUACCCAGGCGGACUUCGACGCAGCAUUAUGGGUAUCUACAUGCCAAAACGGCAUCCAUCAAGUCUGGGCGCCAUUGUAUACAAUGUUCUCACGCGGAAAUAUCCGCGAGAAGACUCGACUCCUUAACCUGCCUUCCGUCCGCACAUCUGUAUCCGAUGGAAGAGGAAAGGGGAAAUGGACACCCCCUAUCGGCUGCCGUGACCACGAAUUUAUACAAGGCUGUACGGCAGUGGACUUGUAUGCUGGUAUCGGUUACUUUUCCUUUUCCUACAAGAAAGCCGGAUGCACCAAAGUGCUCUGCUGGGAGCUAAAUCCCUGGAGUGUUGAGGGUCUACGCCGAGGCGCAGAGCUCAACGGUUGGUCUACCCAGGUCUUCACGAAGGUUCCAAAAGAUUGGAGCGAGUGGCAUAGCUCAGUCCAAGAUGUCGACUUUCUGGUCUUUCAACAGUCAAAUGAAUCUGCAAUUUGCCCAAUUUCCUGCCUUGGGGGGAGCUUCAAUACUGAACCCUUGAUCCCUCGCAUUCGACAUGUGAACUGCGGGCUUCUUCCAUCAUCGAAUAAGAGCUGGUGGGCUGCCAUUCGCGCCGUGGAUUCGACGGCCGGGGGCUGGAUACAUGUGCAUGAGAACGUUGCAGCCAAGGACGUCGACACUAGGAAAGACGAGGUUGUGAGUGAGCUGCAGGAUUUGCUGAAUGUAUGGGAACAAGAAAAGGGUUCUUGUGGCUCACUUCUGAAGCGAGUGAGUUGUGACCAUGUUGAGAGAGUGAAGACAUUUGCACCUGGUGUGUUGCACAUUGUUUUUGAUAUCUGGGUUAACGGGACUGCAACUGCAGAAUGUGCUUUAUGAGGUGCUAAGCCGUAGAAAACGGACAUGGAUCAAAACAAUAAUACAUACUGUACAAACUCUGACCUUGGCGCAUCAAAUGUAAAACAAACAUCAUAUACCCCGUUCUGGCGGACGGCUCACCUUUGGUAU